UCUCUCUCUCUCUCUCUCUCCACUGCUCAAAUUGGUUCUCUUCAAUCCGUUGUUGGAGUGAUUCGGAGAAACUCGAAGUUUUUCUAAGAAUUAAGGACCUUUUUUUUUGUUCUUCUGUUUGCGGUACAUUUAAGAUGAUGGGAAAUCCAAUAGAAGUCUCAAAGGCUGUAAAAGUUGAAGAGAAUCCGAUCUUAACUGGUUAUUCAUGUGACGGGGUGGGAUUCGUGGGAUUAGCUACUAAUUCGUCAGAUAUAAAUAAGCCAGGAAAGAAAUCCAAGAAGAACAGGAAAAAGAAGGCAAAUUUGCUCAAAAAUCAUCAUCUUGAUGCUAAUGCAGCUUCAAAAUCUCCUGCUUUGGUGAAUACACAUUCUUCUUCUAUCGAAGGUUUUGAUUGUGUGGCUUUAAUGAGAGGCCCAGAUGAGUGCAAGCAGUUCAAUGCGACAAUCUCUCUUAAGUCAUCUACAGAGGAUUCACCCAUGAAUUUUGCCAAAUUUGAUGACUCGUGCAACAAAGAGGUCAAAGUAACAGAUCCAGGCUUAGAAUUCAUAUCUCCGACAGGCUGGGACCAAAUGGAUUCAGGUAUAGGGAAAUCAGGUGAAUUUGAAGCUAAACCAGCAGUUAGUUCUUCUUGCCACGAUGGGUCUGCAAUUUUGGAGAAUGGCUCCUACGCACCCAGUAGUUAUGGAACAAAGAGAUUGAAUUCUACUUAUGCAUCACAGAUUUCCAGAGACAAACAUAAACAAUUCAGAAAUAGGAAUACUCGUUUUGUAUGGCGAAAGACAGGGAGGAAAACUGGAAGCGUAGAAACUUGUGGCAUCAACCGCUCCUACUUAGGAGAUGGGUUGUUGCCUUGUCCAGAAUUUUCUUAUGCUUUUAGAAAUGGUCCUCAACAUAGAGCCAAAGAACUGGGAAUUAGCAAUGGAGAAGUCAAACAGAAAAGUUGGGGAUGGGCAGAAGCUGUUUUAACUGAACAGGCUUUUGGUCACAGCUUUCGUGCUGCAUUUGGCCAAAAGUUGCCCAUACCUGUGAAUGGUUUUUGUGGAAAGUCGAAUCAGCGAUUGGAUCAGCCUAUUAAUGUAGAGAAGAACAUCUGCAAUAAUACAGAUUUAUGGGAUUGUAUGUCCAAUUUACAUAGGCCUCCAUUUAGGCCGUAUAUCUCCUGUAAAGGGAAUUUAUGCGCUAGUGCUGAUCAAAGAAGCUAUAUAGAUGGACAGAGGAUUAGCCAUAGAAAUCAUCAUAGUAGUUUUGAUUCUUCAGAAUUAUAUCAUUUUGGGUUUGCGCCUUUAGCCGGUCGGACUCACAUGCAGAUUUAUGAGACGGUUCCAAUGAAUAAGCAUGUAUUAGGUGAAGCUUUGAACAUUUCUCGUGAUCACUCAGUUAAAUCCCUGGAGUGCUUGGAAACUGGACAUCCUUACGUGCUUUAUUCCGGGGACUGCUUUACCGACAAAAUAGCUCCAAUACAUAAUAGACACUCAAUGCCGAAAGCAAGCAUUCACAGGAAAGAAACAGAAAUUACUGGACAAAGAGAUGCUUAUGAAGAGAAAUGCUUCAAAGAUAGUAAAAGUGACCGUUGUGGGUCUUGUUUCGAUCAAAAUAGCCUUUCCAUAGGUAUUUUCUCGGAGAAGGCAGCACAAGCUCUUGUUGCAGCUUACAGGUUACAGAUAACUUGUGAAAAUGUUCAAAAUGCAACAGGAAGCCCUAUUGCAGAGUUUGAGAAAGUGCUUUGUUCUGCUUCUCCAGUCAUUGUUUCUUCAUUUGACAGGCGCCUCAAUAGGGAUGCUGUUUUGCGGGAUGUUUGGAGUUGGUACGAGGGGCCUGGUAAUUACGGCUUGGAAGUAAAAGCAGAAGAUCUCUCUCAGAUCUCAGAAGGGCUGGAAAGGAAAGCUAUAUCAUUUCGUGCUUAUUUUGUUCCACUACUCUCGGCAGUACAGCUAUUUGACCCAGUAAAGCCAAGUUGUGUUGAUAAUUCCACAUCCACAAAUUGCUUGUCUGAUGAUUCAGAAGUGAUAUUUGAAUAUUUUGAGCAAGAACCACCACAAAACCGGAAGCCGUUAUAUUCAAAAAUUAAGGAGAUCAUUGAGGAUGGUUCUUCCAGUUCUCAAGUAUUUGGUAACCCGUCCAAGCUUGAUUGCAUGAAAUUGCGUGAUGUCCACCCUGCAUCUUGGUACUCAGUUGCUUGGUAUCCGAUAUAUAGAAUUCCAGAAGGUAGUCUACAUGCAGCGUUCCUGACUUAUCAUUCUUUAGGCCAUCUCGUUUUUAGACAUAGUGUGUCAGAUAGUGUGGAAAAAAGCUCCUUCUGUGUGGAGUCUCCUGUACUUGGAAUGCAGAGCUACAACGCACAGGGUGAGUGUUGGUUUCACUCGGUGAAGCCAACUGGGUCUGUUUCAAUUGAGGGCAAGCAAUUUGACUUCUCAGAGUUAGUUAAAGAAAGAUUAAGAGCUCUAGAGGAAACAGCUGCUGUCUUUGCUAGAGGAAGGGUACGAAAGAAUCACAAAAUUGCUGCUAACAUGCAUCCGGAUUAUGAGUUCUUCAUCUCGAGGAAGCGCUGAUUGGGAGUUGCUCUUUAAAUUCCUCUUUCAAAUCGAUGCAGUUUGCCCCCUUUGUUCUUCUUUUUCCUGUUAAUUUUGGUUUUUGGAUACUGUAAAUAUAAUGAAAGAGCAGAAUACUGAAGGAGACAACCAAACAUAGAUAGAAUAGGACCAUGCAUAGCUGAUCAAAUUCAUAGAGACUUCAUGCGUAUACCAAUUUUUCCAAGAUAGUAUGUAUAGCAGAAAAUAAAUUGGCUUGAGUGUACUGUACAUUCUUUU